AAGAAGAAGAAGAAGAAGAAAAAAAAAAAAAAGCCAACCGCUGCUAAAACCCAAAAAGACGAUGCGCACGAAGACCCCAGAAGCGCACCCUAAGAAACCUCAUUGGUUGAGCCGCACUCCAAGAAAGCUCAUUGGUUGAGCCGUAAUGACGUCAGAAUCACUCCUGCCCCGGCUCGUGCCACCCGGCUCGUCUGGUCAACUGUGUCAACAUGGCGGCCAUAGAUGUCAUUGUGGACAAUUUGAUGGCACUCUGGAGGAUACCAGCCGUCCGACAAAAUUUCCACUGGAUAUUUUUACUAAUUUCAACCGUGGGAUCGAUUCUGAAAGAGCUGGAGCUCGUCCCGCAGACAUAUUUCAGCAGCAGCAGAAAUGCCCUGAAUGUGUAUUUUGUCAAAGUGUCCUGGGGGUGGACGUUGCUGCUCCUGACACCCUUCCUCCUCAUCUCCAACUCCUCCUUCAGCAGGAGUGUGACCUUCCUCGGCCAGCGGCUGCUGUCUCUAGCGGUGGCAACAGCCGUCUGGUACAUCUGCACCGAGACCUUCGUCUACAUCGAGGACGUGACCGGCUCGUGUUUUGAAACUGACACCAUGGAUGUUAUCAACAAGGAGUUCACAUCCAAAGUCAGCUGCAGGCGGGCCGGCUUCCACUGGCACGGCUAUGACAUCUCAGGACACUCCUUCAUCCUGGCCUACUCUGCUCUCUUCAUCGUGGAGGAAACGGCACCUAUGUCCUCCCUGAAGACAGCCAGUCUCUCUACACUGCCCAGGAUGGUCCUCAACCUGCUGUACGUGGCCUUGAAUCUGAUAGUGAUCAUUUGGGUGUGGAUGUUUGCCUGCACCUCUGUUUACUUCCAUGACCCGUCUCACAAGUUGGUAGGGACCAUAUGCGGCCUAUUAGGGUGGCAUCUGACAUAUCGGGUUUGGUAUCUAAAACCUUUGUCACCAGGACUCCCCCCUCAGCGCCACCCAAAAGAACAGAAAGAACACGCCUAAGCUGCAGUCAUACUUUUCUGUACAACAUGUUGCUAAUGUUGCAGCCAUCCUCCAAACAACACACUAGAGUUGAUGUUAUCUGUCUCCAGCUCCUCUCAUGCUAUUUUAAGCUAUUUUAAGUUAUUCCCUCCUCACAGAAAGGUCGUGUUGUACAGGAUGACUGGCCUGCAGUUCCUCCACGGUGUUUGGCAGCUGCUGUUCCCAAAAUGACUCUUGGUAAUCUGAGAUAAAAGCAAGAUGCUGCUCUGCUGCCCAGCUUCAGCCUCUCACCUUCAGCCUCUGUGGCUCGCAUGCUACACCAUUGUCUCCCAGUUUGUUGCCUUAUAGUGCUUUACUCAGAGUAAUUGCAGUUUUUAGAUGUCUGAGUGGGAACACUUUAGAUUGUUUACACCUUCAGUUGUAUAGCACUGAUGACGUUUAUUUUUGCAGACCAAUGUACAGUAGCCAUUCAUUGUUUUUAUAGGAAACUAUAAACUACAGAACAAAGUCAGAUCAGACACAGUAACUACAGUGGGCCCACAUUUCAUUAUGCAUGUAUAAUUUAAAUGAGCUUUCCAUUUUUUAUCACAUGUGGUUUGGGUUUAGUGUGAUUGUGUGUAAACACUACAUGAAGUUUGCUCAGAGGAUGUAGAGCUUGAAUAGCAGAUAAAAAGAUAAUUUUAAUACCUCAUCAUACAUCAGUACGGACGCCCUGAGAGACAAGUGAGAAAAAAAAUUACUCGUGAUCCAUUUGUCCAUAAGUCUGAUCUAAAUUGUUUUCUCGCCUGUGUUUAUGACUUAAGAACAAAAAAAAAUGUUUUUUUCCAUCUGUGAAAACAGGUGAAAAAACAUUCAUGUUUUCACUCUAAACACAAGGUACAUAUAUUGUGUGUUAGCAAGUUAUGUAACAUUAUUGUCAUGUCUUUAUUUUUUGGCUAGAAAUGGAUUUUAAUCAAUGCUUCACCUGGAAGAAAACAUGAAUGCUUUUAGUCCUGUUUAACAUGGGGUAGUGGUGCACUUCAGCCUCUUGUGGCAGACAAGGAGAGAAAACUAUUUGGAUCAGACUUACAAAAUGGAUCACCAGAAAUUUUUGUCACUUGCCUCUCAGGGCUUCCGUACAGCAGCCCUGCAAGAGCAAAUUAUUGGUAAAAUCCUAUAAAGGUUAAGGCUGGAAAUAUCGACGAUUAUUUUCAUUAUUGAUUAAUGUGCCGAUUAUUUAAAAAAGGGAAAAACGUCCAUCACAUUUUUCUAAUGCCCAAGAUGAUGUCUUUAAAUGUCUUGUUUUGUCCAAGCAAUAGUUCAAAACCCAAAGACAUUCAAUUUACUAUCACGUAGGACAAACAAAAGCAACAAAUCCUCACACUGAAAAGGCUGGAACCAGAGAAUGUUUUGCUUUUGUGCUUGAAAAAACAAUUAAUUAUCAAAAUAGUUGCAGAUAAUUUUCUGCGGAUGGACUAAUCAAUUAUUCAGCUAGCUAGAACCUGAUAUAUAUAUGCCAUAGAGCUCCAUUGUUGUCCAAAAACUAUUAAAAACACAUAAAUGAUUAACUCAGGCACUGUAGUUUAUUUUCAGUCCCACAUACACCGUCCUGCUGCCAUAUAUACUCACUAGAUUACCAAAUGUGUAUUAAUCCACGACUGAAAAUAGUCCCCAACAAAUUAACUAUUUACCUGUUUGAGUACCGUUCGGUGAAAACUACAGUGCCCAGCUGUUUUAGGAAAUUACUUCUAUUAACUGAAAGUUUAUAUUUGUGACCUGUUAUGAAGUAUUUAUGUCCUCAGCAGGAACCAAUGGGCUUGAGGCUGGGUGCCACAGACAGGGUAGGAAAGUUGUGAAGUAUUAAAAAAAUUGAUUAAAACAUUGUUGGUUUCAUUCUUUUCGUGGGAUUUGUUGACAAUAAGGAUAAUAUAGAACGCCAGCCUUAUCUUAUAAUGGGGAAUUUUGGAAAACUCUACAUGUAAAUCAUAGCAGUAGUUUUAAGAAGAUUAAUAACAAUGUCACAAGCGUGACACGUGCAAUUACAAGCUCUACAGUGCAGGGAACAUAGUAGGUUUUGGUCAAAUAAAAACCAGGAUCUGUGUA